AUGCAGAUACUGCCUCUCAAUUUCUUAUUAUAUACUAUAAGUGGUUUAUGGCAACCAAUCGAGUGGUCUUCAAAAUGCUCCAAGUUACUGUAUAGCACGUUCACCUUUUCCACGAUAUAUCUAUUGUCAUAUUUGAUGCUGACUCACUUGCUGUAUAUCAUCUUUGUUAUCGAUAACGUGGAAGACUUCGCAUCGACUUCCCCAUUUUUCUUCUCAACGAUCAGCUUAUUGUUCAAAGCGGCUACUGCUGUUAUCUAUCGCGAUCGAAUUGUCAAUACAGUUGAAAUUCUGCAAAAAGAACCUUGCAAAGCUUGUGAUAAAGAUGAGACUGAUAUCCAGACGAAAUUCGAUCAUACAAUCAGAUCAUAUUCCAUAUAUUACUUACUUUUAUGUACGUUUUCGGCGAUGGGUGCUGUGACAGCAGAUGUUUUAGAGGGUCAGUUACCUUAUAACAUGUGGAUACCUUGGGAUUGUACUUCGUUCCUUUUAUUCUUGUUUACAUCCCUUCAAGAGAUUGUAGCUAUAAUUAUUGCCACGAUUGUAAACAUCGCGACGGAAACUAUAAUAUUAGGAUUUUGCUUACAAAUGUGUGCACAAUUUGAAAUUUUGGAGCAUCGCCUUCACAGAAUGAUAAAACGUAGAGAGGAGGAAAUAUUUCCACAAAGUUCGUUGAAUAAAGUAUCGUGCAAAAUAAGCGAGUUGUCAAAGCACGUUUCUCACCAUCUAUGCAUAAUCAGACUUGCCGGAACAAUUAAUGACAUAUACAGCAAAGUGAUCUUUGUUCAAUUUUUCGUUAGUAUUUUGGUAUUGUGUUCAAUUGUGUACCAUUUGUCUUCUCAUUUGACGUUUACAGACGUCGCCACCUUAAUUGUUUACACAUUCAGCAUGUUUGUGCAGAUUUUUGUUUAUUGCUGGGCUGGAAACGAAGUUAUGCUCAAGAGUACUGGAUUGAGCGAAAUAGUAUAUCAUAUGGAUUGGAUGUUGAUAACAAUUAGCGAACAAAAAGAUCUACUAAUGAUUAUGAAGCGUUGCACAAAACCUAUUAAAUUUACCAGCAGUUUUUUGGUGACAUUAUCUCUGGAAUCUUACGGCAAUGUUAUUACGAAUAUGCAAAUGUUUUCUCUAAAUUUUUUAAUGUAUACCAUCGGUGGUGUAUGGAUGCCGAUUGAAUGGUCAUCGAACAUCGCUAAGCUACUGUACAAUGUGUUUACUACUAUUAUACUAGUCUUGUUAUACUUUUUGAUGAUAACUCAAUUCAUGGAUAUCAUUUUUGUUGUCGAUAAUAUCGAUGAUUUCGCAACAAAUACUUUAAUGUUCUUGACUAUUGUUGCUGUUACUUGUAAAGCAACAAUCGUUGUAGUACGUCGGAAGGCGAUCAUCAACUUGGUGCAAGUAUUAUUGACGCCACCUUGUAAACCUCGAAAUGAGGACGAAAUGAUGAUACAAACUAAAUUUGAUAAAUUUAUCAAAUCAUGCUCGAUAAAAUAUUCACUUUUAGCAACUGGUUCUGUCAGUGGUGUUACAAUAAGAUCUGUGCUAAAUGCUAUGCAAGGUCAAUUGCCUUAUCGAGUAUGGCUACCAUAUGAUUUUAAUAUAUCUCCAAUAUUUUGGAUUACGUCUAUUCAACAAAUCAUAACAGUGAUUUUUGUUACUAUUAUAAAUGUCGGCACGGAAACCCUAGUUUUUGGAUUAUUUCUGCAAACAUGCGCUCAAUUUGAAAUCUUUGAGAGUCGUCUUCAAAAAUUAGUGACUAAUAAAACUAAUAAAUUAAUGAAAAAUCAAAUUAGAUAUUUAGAACACUCUUCUCCUUCGUCAAAUGAAGAAAAAGCGAUAAUAUCAAAAUAUAUACAUCAUCACCUCAAGAUUUACAAAUACGCCAGAAAAGUAAACGUCAUAUUCAAUCAGGUACUCUUUGUCCAAUUCUUUGGCAGUAUAUUGGUAUUAUGUACAAGUGGAUAUUAUCUGUCAGCACAUAGUACGCUAUCCGAAACAGCCACUUUGAUAGUGUACACCAUUUGUAUGUUUGUACAAAUUUAUGUUUACUGUUGGUCGGGAAACGAAGUCAUACUUAAGAGUAUGAGCGUAGGAGAUACAAUAUAUCAUAUGAACUGGCCUUCACUGUCAGCCAACGAAAGGAAAGAACUAUUAAUGAUCAUGUUACGCAGCACACUUCCUAUGAAAUUUACCAGUAGCUUCUUGAUAACCUUAUCUCUCCAGUCUUAUAGCAGUGGAGGCCAAAAUAUGCAAACACUUUCUCUAAAUUUUUUAAUAUAUAACCUUUGUGGUAUGUGGCGACCUAAUGAGUGGUCAUCAAAUAGUGCAAAACUGCUGUAUAAUGUAUUUACCUAUAUGGUAAUAUUCUCGGAGUACUUUUUGGUGAUAACCCAAUUUAUGGAUAUAAUUCUUAUUGUCGAUAAUAUCGACGAUUUUGCCACUAAUACUCUAAUGUUCCUGACUAUUGUUGCCGUAUGUUGUAAAGCUACUAUCAUUGUGAUACGUCGAAAUGCGAUCAACAACUUGGUGCAACUAUUGAUGGAGAAACCGUGUAAACCUCGCGACGAGGAUGAAGUAGCAAUAAAAACGAAAUUUGAUACAUUCAUCAGAUCGUGUUUGAUAAAAUACAUACUUUUGUCGAUGAGCUCUCUUACAGGCGUUACAAUAGGAUCAGUAGUAAAUAUGAUGCAAGGUUAUCUUCCUUAUCGAAUAUGGUUGCCAUUUAAUUACACUAUACCCUUGGCAUUUUGGACUAUAUCCAUCCAUCAGAUUAUAACUUUAAUUUUUGCCACCAUGAUAAAUGUCAGUACGGAUAUUUUAGUCUUUGGAUUGUUUUUACAUACGUGUGCUCAGUUUGAAAUUUUUGAAAGUCGUCUUCACAAAUUAGUGAUUAAUAAAACAAUUAGCUAUCUGGGAAAUGCAGUCUCUUCGUUAAAUAAGGAUAAAACAGGAAUAUCGGAAUGCAUACGCCAUCAUCUCAGCAUUUACAAAUACGCCAAAACGGUAAAUGUUAUAUUCAACCAGGUGCUCUUCGUUCAAUUCUUUGCAAGCAUACUGGUAUUAUGUACAAGCGUGUAUUAUCUGUCAAUACAUAUUAGAAAUCUCUCUGGUACUCUGCCUUUUUUAGCGUACACUAUUGGCAUGUUUGUACAAAUUUAUAUUUAUUGCUGGUCCGGAAACGAAGUCAUUCUUAAGAGUACGAGUGUAGGAGACGCUGUAUAUUGUAUGGAUUGGCCACUAUUAUCAGUUAACGAAAAAAAACAAUUGCUCAUGGUCAUGAUACGGAGCACAAUUCCUAUAAAAUUCACAAGCAGCUUCUUGAUAACCGUCUCCCUUCAAUCUUACAGCACGGUCUCAAAAAUUCUUAGAAAACGAAAUCUUUCAUAAAACGUCCCUCGAUGCCUUUGUGGUAUAUGGCGACCUACUGAAUGGUCAUCAAACGGCGCAAAACUGCUGUAUAACGUAUUUACCUUUAUUGUAAUAUUCUCGGAAUACUUUUUGAUGUUAACUCAAUUUAUGGAUAUAAUUCUUAUUGUCGAUAAUAUCGACGAUUUUGCCACUAAUACUCUAAUGUUCCUAACUAUUGUUGCCGUAUGUUGUAAAGCGACUGUUGUUGUGGUACGUCGAAAUGCAAUCACGAACUUGGUGCAAGUAUUAAUGAAGACACCGUGUAAGCCUUGUGACGAGGACGAAGUGGCGAUACAAACAAAAUUUGAUACGUUUAUUAGAUCGUGUUCAAUAAAGUAUUCACUUUUAGCAACAAGCUCCGUUACAGGCACUACAAUAGGAUCAGUAUUAAACAUUAUGCAAGGUAAUCUGCCCUAUCGAAUAUGGCUGCCAUAUAAUUACAAUGUAUCUACGAUGUUUUGGGCUAUAUCUGUUCACCAAAUCAUAACUGUAAUUUUUUCUGCCAUGAUAAAUAUUGGCACGGAUACAUUAAUCUUUGGACUGAUUUUACACACGUGUGCUCAACUUAAAAUUUUCGAAAGUCGUCUUCACAAAUUAAUGAUUAAUAGAACAAUUAGAUAUCUGGAAAAUACAUUCUCUUCGUCUAAUAAAAACAAAGGGAUAUCAGAGUGCAUACUCCAUCAUCUCAACAUUUACAAAUACGCCAAAACGGUAAACAUUAUAUUUAACCAGGUGCUUUUCGUUCAAUUCUUUGCAAGCAUACUGGUAUUAUGUACAAGUGUGUAUUAUAUGUCAAUACAUAUUACAGAAUUGUCUGGUACUGCAACUUUUUUAGUGUACACCAUUGGCAUGUUUAUACAAAUCUAUACUUAUUGCUGGUCAGGAAACGAAGUCAUUCUUAAGAGUAUGAGCGUAGGAGACGCUAUAUAUUGUAUGGACUGGCCAUUAUUAUCAGUUAAUGAAAAAAAAGAAUUACUCAUGGUCAUGAUACGAAGUACAAUUCCUAUAAAGUUCACUAGCAGCUUCUUGAUAACUCUAUCCCUUCAAUCUUACGGCAAUAUCUUAAAAACAUCAUACUCGGCAUUUAAUGUACUUCAAAAAUGA